AUGCUAGAAGAACUUAAAGAAGAGUGUUGGCGUCUUGUAGAGCGAAAAUACGCCGUCCCUACUAAUCUUAUUGCAUAUGCGGGGUUGGAGACAUUUACCUUACAAAAAAUUGGGAAGGCUUGGAGGGAUCACAAGUAUAGGCUGAAAUCGGCUCAUUACAUACCACAUUCAAGAAACAAAGCACAGAUAAAUUCAAAGAAGAAUAGGGACUGUCGUUCUAAACAGGAGGACUUACAUACUGGUGGUUUAUGCAGCUUUGUUGUGCAUGCUGCAAAGAAGGCAAAAGCGGAUGGACGUCCUAUAAAGCGUGCAACAUUAUAUUCAAUACUGCAUACUCGUAAAGAUGGAUCUGCAGUUAAUGAAGUAGUGCAAGAAAAAAUGGAUAAAAUGAAGGAGUUGUUGGCUAAACCUUCAAAUCAACUGCAAUUAGAUGACAUAAGUAGUAGUAUUGCAUGGGCACCGAAUGAUGUGUUUGCCAAAGUGAUGGAUAAGGAGCGCAAAGGCCAUAUUCAUGGGGUAAGAUUUGGUCCAAACUCAAGUGGCCGAAGUAGCAAGAGUGCUCUCACGGACCUUCAAAUACGAUCAAGUCAAUCAAGGGACGACGAAGUUGCACAACUGAAGGCUUCCUUGGCUGAGAUGCAGGAGAAAUUGUCCGCUUUUGACGAAAUGAAGGAAAGACUAGGCCAAUUUGAAGAAAUGGAGUAA